CCGAGGGAGCCUGGCAGAGCCAGCCAGCCAGCCGCGCCGGCGUCAUGUGACAGCGCUGCCUAGUGCCAGGAGCCCGGGUGGGGGAAAAGCCAGCGCAGGAGGAGGCCAGCCAGAGGCGACCGGCCCCACCGAGGUGGCCCGCCCGCUGCCGAGCGCAAGGGAGAGACAACCCACGAAGGGAAGGGAAGAAGGCGGCCCGAGACCCCCUGAGCCCCCCGCUCCCAAGCCAGCCCCAGCAGCACCAACUUCGGAGGUUGGUCGCUUUGACAAGUCGAAAAUCCAAGGUAUUUAUCUCGAAAGAAAAUGUUGAUGUUUGAUCCCGUCCCUAUCAAACAAGAAGCAAUGGAACCAAUUCCAGUGUCGUUCAACUCUACUUACAUGGACCACAUGAAGUCCAAUAAGUAUGGUGUCAUCUAUUCCACACCAGAUAUGAUGUCCAAUAAGUUCUAUCAGAUUCCAGAUGGACUGUGCAGUGGGGUUCAGGUGGAACCGGUUGACCUCACCAUGAAUAAACGGAGUUCGCCACCUUCCGCUGGAAACUCUCCUUCCUCUUUCAAAUUCCAGACUCUACCCCAGAGAGUUUCCCCGGGAUUAAAUCUUCCAUCAUCCAGCCCUCCCAUGAAGAAACUGGGCCCACCAGGAAUGCAGCCUUUUACUAUGCCCUUAACUAUUCCUCCGGUCAUGGCAGCUCUUUCCCGCCACGGACUAAGAAGCCCGGGAAUACUUCCUGUUAUUCAACCCCUUGUCGUUCAACCUGUCCCUUUCAUGUACGCCUCUCACCUUCAACAGCCUAUCAUGGUGUCCACCGUUCUUUCCGAAGAGUUGGAAAACCCAAGCAGCGUGCCAGUAUCUGUCAUCGAAUCUUACGAAAAGCCAGUACUAAAGACAUCUAUCAAGGUAGAACCGGGCUUGGAAUCGCCAAGAAAUGACUACUAUCCUGAGCAAAUGUCUCCUCCUGUGAUUACCUCAUUGUCACCUCCCAUGCUACAAGAGAAUCACCCUUCAGUUAUAGUCCAGCCUGGGAAGAGACCUCUACCUGUGGAAUCGCCAGACACGCAAAGGAAGAGACGGAUACACCGGUGUGAUUACGAAGGCUGCAACAAGGUGUACACAAAAAGCUCUCAUUUAAAAGCCCAUAGAAGAACACACACAGGUGAAAAGCCUUACAAAUGCACUUGGGAAGGUUGCACAUGGAAGUUUGCUCGAUCGGACGAACUUACACGACACUUCCGGAAACAUACCGGAGUCAAACCAUUCCAGUGCCCGGACUGUGAUCGUAGUUUCUCUCGUUCUGACCAUCUUGCCCUCCAUCGGAAACGCCACAUGCUCGUCUGAACUUCUCACUUCCCUUGCCCUUUUUGUGGGGUUUUUUUUUUUCUUUUCUUUUCAAUUUUUUUUUUUUGACCUAAGCUUUUAAUUCCGAUUCAGCUGGACUGGAUCUUUGGAUGUUUAUCUCCUCGCAACCUUUCUUGAUGGUCAGUAAAAAAAAAUGUUUGCUCGGCCCUUCUUGAUUCUUGCCGUCGGCCAGACCGAAAGAAUGUGAACAUUUUUUUUGUUUUGUUUCGUUUCCUGGGGAUGCUCAGCGUGCCCUAAAUUUGCCAGCAAAUAGGUUAUAUUUCCUUCAGACUAAGACAUCUUAUAGUCAAGCUGAUUAGUUUUGCCAUUUAAUCAGCCAGUAUAUAUAUAUCGAUGAUAGUUACUGUUUUUUGUUUUUUUCAAAAUCCAGUUUGCUAAUCCUUGCCAGAGACUUGAUGUGCCUGUCGUAAGAGAAUGCACGUCUCUUUUUUAUGCCCAGCAAUGCAAUGAAUGGAUCUUUUUGGAAUAUGGUUGGAUAGAAGACACUUUUUUUUUUUUUUUGAAUGCAGAAAACGAAAUCCUCAACCCUGGGAAUGAAUGCAAAAAAAUAAAAAAUAAAUCUCCAGUUACCAUCAGAAAGUGGGUGCCCACGCAGAUGUCGUAUAUCCUGAUCAAUGUUGCCUUUUUUUCCGUGUGUGUGUGUGGGAGAGGUUAUGUAAGUUCUCCUUUUGUUUUGCCUGGGAUCGAGUGUCUUGGUAGAUUCACUGAGCAAACCCUUUUGGUGGGAUGCAGUGAUCUGUUUUUGUCAUGCAAACUGUGUGAAUGGGACACACAAUGGUACUCCUUGUGGUGUGACAUUCAUGGAUAAAAUUGAUUCAAAUCUACCUCGCUGGGGAAGGGUGGCAGGCAUACAAAUUUUCUCCACUCCUCGGCAUUUCCUGCCCUCAAGAACACCUCAACCUGCCUUAGCUGAGAAGAAGCCACUGUUCCAGCAAAAUAAAUUCCAGCUCUUCCUUGUUAGAAAUGAAUUUCCAUCCAUACGGAAUCCUUCCGUAUUCAUAAGGUCCUGGACGAAAAAGAUCUGCGUAAUUGAAGCACUUCCGGAGAGCAUAGAUUUGGUCGCGCCGAUCACAAACGAAAAACUCUUAACCCUGUCAAAAGUUUUUAAUCGGCUUUUAUGAAAACUUCAGCAGACGAGCCCUCACCAAGUAUUUUUGUAAUACCUUCUCGGUAUCGAUAAUUCCCCCCUCCCCCCCAAAAAAUAUUUGAAAGAUUAGAUAGUUUCAUCCUAUAAAUCUUCCGAAUCUUCAGAGAUGCAAUUUUUAUAUUUAUAUUAAGGAAAUGAGACUCGCUGUAAUCCACCAGCAUUUUUUUUGUCCUUUUGCAGCCUAUGGUUAAAUUCGUGGAAACUAUGUCUCUCGUCUGUAGAAAAAAAAAAAGGAUUAUUUUUUUUUAAAGGAAGCAAACGAUGACAACAGCCAAAGGA